UGGCGGCGCUAGGGGACUUCUCAGGUGGUAGUCCAUCAUCAUCAUCGAUCUGUACACAAGAUUCAUCAUGGCGGACUAUCUCGGUCGUGAUGUAAGAUGAAAACAAGAUGAGGAACUGUCUGCUUUUUGGGCACUCUGUGAGGUCUAAACACGUCAUUCAUGUGUACUGUUUGUUGCUCAUCCUGGGAGUGCAUCUCCUGACCGGUGGACACUGUGCGCAGCGGCGCUGCGGCCCGGAUAACUGCGUCAACGGGCGAUGUUUGGAAGGGGAGUGCGUCUGCGAGAGAGGUUGGAAGGGCGACCGAUGCCAGUACUGCGGAGGUCGAUUCAGACUGACUAGCAGCUCAGGUGUGAUCAGCGAUGGUCCACACAACUACACCACCGUCACCAAGUGUACCUGGCUGGUCGACAGCGGCAGGGUUGGCUCGACCAUUAGACUCAGGUUUAAUGAGUUUGCCACAGAGUGUAGCUGGGACCAUGUGUAUGUCUAUGAUGGUGAUUCUGUCUUCGCACCCCUCGUAGCAACCUUUAGUGGUCUGCUGACACAUUUACAGCCCAACAGGACCAGUUAUGAGCUCACCACUACAUCAGGCUAUGCCUACCUGCACUUCUUCAGCGAUGCUGCUUACAACAUGAGCGGCUUUAACAUAUCUUACAGCCUGAACUCCUGUCCGUUGGACUGCUCCGGCCACGGCAGCUGUGACUCCUCCUCCGUCUGCACGUGUCAGCAGGGCUGGAAGGGCGACGCCUGCAACGAGCCAGCCUGUCCCAACCUCUGCUCCAACCACGGACACUGUGACUACUCAGGCACCCUGGACUGUAUAUGUGACCCAGGAUACAGGGGAGCGGACUGUAACCUGACGGAUGCCCAGGUGGUGUGGGAGCGUGAGCGGCCGGGUCUGCCAGGCCGAGCCUCCCAUGUCAGUGUGCAGCAGGACGUGCACAUGUGGAUAGUCGGGGGGUACACCUUCAGCAGUGCAAGCUUCCACAAUCUUAUCAGGUACCAUUUGAUAGAGAACACCUGGAGCCCCAUCACACCUACAUCAGCUGCCAACCCAGCCUCACGUUACGGCCACACUGCAGUUCUGUAUCGGGACAAGAUCAUCAUGUUUGGAGGUCUUGUAGAGGGCAGGGUGGUGACCAAUGAGACGUGGGCUUUCGACACAGUCCUCCACCAAUGGGAGCGCCUGUCUCAGGCUGGUCUGGCCCUGGAAGGUCAUUCUGCAAAUAUGGUUGACUCCAAGAUCAUUGUCAUCUUUGGGCACAACCCUGAUUAUGGCUACUCCAACAAAGUACUGGAAUAUAACCCAGCUACUGACAAGUGGAGGUCUGUGGCCAUGUCUGGAGCGGCCGUGUCAGGUUCAUACGGACACACCAGCGUGUAUGACCCUGUGUCGGGGAAGAUUUACAUCCAUGGAGGAUACACUGUGCUCAAGAAGAACCGCUACACUGUGUCAGACUUCACUUUUGCUUUUGACCCUGAAACAGCUCAAUGGUCCGUGCUACCAGGCAGUGGUGUGCCACGCUAUCUCCACUCUGCCGUUACCAUUGGGGGGUUCAUGUUGGUGUUUGGUGGGAACACCCACAACGACACGUCCACCAGCAGCGGGGCCAAGUGCUUCUCCGCAGACUACCUGGCCUAUGACUUAGAAUGUCAUCGCUGGCAGCACCUGACUGGCCCUGGCCCUGACUACCAACCUCACAGGUUCGGCCACUCUGCAGUAGUACUCAACAGGACUAUGGUGGUGUUUGGAGGAUUCAACAGUGUUUUGUUGGGAGACAUUCUAAAGUACUCUUCAGGUGACUGUGCCCUGAUAGAGGAGGAGGAUGUGUGUAUCAGUGCCCCGCCCGUGCACCAGUGUGUGUGGACAGAGGUCGGCUGUAUGGACAGACAGGCAGCAGCACAGGUGGGGGAGACCAGGCAGUGUCCACCAAUCACAGGUUCCUGUGAGCACUAUGGUGACUGUGGCUCGUGUCUAACAAGCAUACAUGGCUGUCACUGGUGUACUGAAGACAACAAAGGAUGUAAAACAAAGGAUGCAUGUACACAGGCCGUGUCUGAUGUCCAGAGUUGCCCGGCAGGUCCAGUGUGCAACACAUUCAACUGUUACGACUGUCAGGACAGGCAGGGAUGUAUCUGGCAGUCAGAUGAGUGUAAAGAAGGAACCAGCUCAAGUGUUUUCACAUGUAAGCUGCCCUGUAGCCAUCGGAUGGACAUCGUGAACUGUACAAUGUCGGACUGCAUGUGGUGCAGUAACCAGAAGCGAUGUGUGGACUCCAAUGCCUACGUGCCAUCCUUCCCGUAUGGACAGUGUCUGGAGUGGUGCACCAAGGCUGACACUUGUCCAAGAGAGUGCAGUGCCCUGCGUACCUGUGAAGCCUGUCAGGAGCAGCCCCAGUGUGGCUGGUGUGAUGACGGCAGUCAGACCGGCCUGGGGGUGUGUAUGGAGGGCAGCAGUGCAGGACCGAUGGUGGGGGGGUCUGGGGGAGACGUCCACCUCAACACGACUGUCUGUCCUGUCAACAGAUGGUACUUCACCUCAUGUCCAGACUGCCAGUGUAACGGACACAGUACCUGUGGUAACUCCAGUGUGUGUCAGCAGUGCCAGGACCUCACACAAGGCACUCACUGUGAACAAUGUGUGCCUGGAUACUAUGGUGAUGCUACUAAUGGAGGGAAUUGCACAGCCUGUCAGUGUCAUGGCCAUGCUGACCACUGUAAUGCACAGAAUGGUGACUGUUACUGCAACACCAAAGGCAUUAUUGGCAAAGGCUGUGACAGGUGUGAUGUCAGUCAUCGCUACUUUGGUGACCCGGUGACAGGAACAUGUUAUUAUGACUGCCUGAUUGACUACCAGUUUACGUUUAACCUGUCCAAGAAUGAUGACCAGUACUACACUGGGAUUAACUUCAUGAAUGUCCCCAACCAUGCAUCGCGAGAUGUAACGUUCACCAUCAACACCUCAGCAAUGGCCACCAUGAACAUCACAGUAGCAAGUGCUUCAGAAGUUGGCAGAAGAGUCCUGGUGACUGCGAGAGACUUCACCUUCUACAAGAGUGUGUACUCCCACGUAGACUACUCCUUCGGCAGCACACAGAACACAACCUUCUACGUCAUCGUCUACAAUUUCACCACGCCGCUCCUGGUGCAGGUAACAUUCUCCCAGCAUGGUGGUCUUCUGGACCUGGUGCAGUUCUUUGUCACUUUCUUCAGCUGUUUCCUGUCUCUUCUGCUGGUGGCAGGAAUCUUCUGGAAGGUCAAACAGCGGGUUGAUACAUUCCGCAGGCGACGGGAGAUGAUUAUUGAGAUGGCCCAGAUGGCCAGCCGACCGUUCUCCAAGGUCAUGUUAGAAAUGGAAAUCAACACAGAGCCGCGGGAUGGUGUACAUAAAGCAAAACGGAGAUGUCCUGGAGCCAUUUCCCUGGAGCCUCUCGCAGGCAAUAAAGCAGCUGUGCUGUCAGUGUUCAUGCAUAUGUCAACCGGGGACAGCUCACAACCUGCUGUAGGGCACACAGGGCUAGCAGUAGGAAGCACACUGGUAGCGGUAGAACAUUCCAGCAAACCAGCCGAGGGAAAAGACAAACAACAUAUGUCACUCUGGCAUCGUAAACACCACAGUCCCACACAUAUAGGCACCUGCAUAUGACAAAAAAGCUCAGACCAUGUACAAAAGUGCUGUCAGCUGUCUGUACCCAGCCUCCAACAAUUAAGUCCAGAUUUCCACAGUAUUAGUGUUGCAGAAUCUCUCGCUGUCAGGGGCUGAAUGGGUGUCAUCCCUGACUUGUGGAAGGGCUGCUAGAAGCAUGAUGUAGUCAGGUUAGGUAUGCCCAGCCUUCAACAACUUAGUCCGGACUCCUAAUUCACAGUAUGAUCCUAAGACAGCUGUUGUUAUACAAUAUACAUGACCUUUUUGUAUAUCCUGGUAGUUAACACUUCUUCAUUCCUGUUGCAAUGAAGUUUAUGGAGGACCUGUCCUGGUUCUCCAUAGCAUGGAAGCCAGGCUAUUUAGCUUUUAUACACUUUCUCAGUUGUUUCCCUGCCAAAAAGACUUGACCUGCACAUAUUCUAUCCCUCUGGUGAUGACGUCACGUUAAGAGCUGUUGCACACUGGGCUGGUCCUCUGCUGAUUGGAUGACUACAUACUAGUACCCCUGCUCAUGUUUGGCCAAUCAAAGCACCACUUCAAAUGACAGGUUUGAUUUGAUUUGAUUAGAUUUGAUUUAUUGGAAUUAUAACAUACAUGUGGGGCACAGGUAUAUUGAAUAGAAUUAGUCGCUACUAAUCACAAACAAGACAAUAAAUUUCAUCUAAAAACAGCAUAAUCAUAUACAGAUGGAUAUAGAAUAUGUGCGGGUCCAGUCUUUGUAGUAGGAGACCAAGAGACCAUAACAAAGCUAAAAUGGUUGGCAUCAAGGCUAGGUCUGUAGUACCAAACUACAAGUUCUCGCCCUCAAAGUUUUAGUGUCUGUCAAGCUCUGUAGAAAUGUAGGUUUUAGAAUUUUAGAUUAAGAAAGAUAACAACAAAGGAUGAAAUAUCUUAAAAAUUAAAAUAUAUCCAACAAUGAGAUGAUAUACCUCGUACAUGUAAUGUACACACAAAUUAAUGAUACCACCAUAAUACAACUGCAAUGAUAUGAAUAGAUAAUACAAAGAUUGUUACUGUACUUGUAACAGUAACAGUUACACUCUUUUCUAUAUAUUAGAAGAGUUGCACAUCGCUGUCUAGAUUUCUUGACUGACAACCAUUUCCUUUUUGUUUGUUGGCCCAGAAAUAGUUACCAAAAUAACCAAGACAAUUCCCUCCUAUGAUUUUGUGUACAAAAAUAAUUAAAAACAAACUCUGAACCACACACCCAGAUGAUUUGUAUUAUAAAGUUUACAAAUUUAGUUGCAAUUUAUGGUUCUUACAAUGUACACAUCUUACCUUGUAAUUUAACCUUUAUUUUGAAACCUACAAACAUGUUGGAAGCAGAGGUGUCCUAGACUAUAGUACAGCUGAAAACUAACAUACUAUAAAAAGAGCACCCAAAAUGUGGAAAAGUCAGCACCUUGUUAUCAUUAUAAUAUAACGUGUUGGAACAUUCCACACCAAAAGCUGGGGAGGGUGAGUUAUGAUAAGUGGAAAUGAUCAUAAUCAACUUAUGGUUCUUCUUUAAUUUGUGUACAUGUAUUACAUGAUUGAUAUCUAUUGUACUUUUUUAUUGUGUGCAAAUAAUUUGUUGCAUAUCAAGCAAGUUAUUGGUAGUAGCUUCAAACAUAGGAUACCAAAGUGAUUGCAAAACUUUGCAAAAUGUAGGAACUUUUUUUGAAUAAUUUUAUGUGUUCAUAUGUGAACCUCACAUUUUGUUCAAGAAAAGUAGAUAAUACCCAUAUGUAAGGCAUUUCAGGACACAAAUGGACAGAGUGUCAAGUACAAACGUAUACCGAUGUUACAUGGCUUUAUAUUGGAUGUGUCAUAGCAAUGUAAGACCUCCAAAAAUCAUCAUAAAUGAGACUUUCUAAUCUGC